AUGGGUAACUUCAGAUUCCCCAUUAAGACUAAACUACCUCCAGGGUUUAUAAACGCCAGGAUCCUGAGAGACAACUUCAAGAGACAACAGGUGGCCGAAUACGAAGUAACAAGGAAGGCGUUGAAAUUUAUCGCUAGAAACACAUUAUUGCCAGCUAGAGCCAGAUUGGAAGCCCAACUACGUCUAAGUACACUACCCAAUUACACUAGGCCAACGCAAGUGAAAAACAGAUGUGUCGAGUCCGGUCAUUCGAGGUUUGUGCUAAGUGAUUUUAGACUGUGUAGAACUCAAUUCAGGGAGAAGGCAUUGCAAGGAGACUUACCUGGUGUAAAGAAGGGUAUCUGGUGA